GUGUCUUUAGAUGGCCGCCCAAACUACAUAAGAAGUCGAACACGCCCGCGUCGUAACAAUCAUUCAGAACAUCUGUGUAUUCUCCCGGCUUCAGUACCAGACUCAGGUUCUCUCCCACUACUAAAACUCAACUUGCAAUCUCGCAUUACAAUGCGGCCCGACGUUUUCGUGCUCUUCACAGCCUUCCUAGGCCCCGCAGCUGCCUACCGAAGGACAUGCAGUCAUACCGGGAAGGGUGAAGGGUGGUACAUCAUCAGAAGAGGCGACAACUUUAACGCCGUUGCGGCCGAUUUUUGCACUUCAACAAACGUCCUCACGGAAUGGAACCAUAUCAGCACGAUCACAGAUAACAUGGUCAACACCAAAAUCAAGGUGCCUUGCAGAUGGAACGCUGGCAAACAGCGCGACUGCCUAAAAGACCAGAAGAGUAGCAACGGCUGGUACCACAUCGUGUCUGGCGACGAAUUGAAGGAUAUCGCAUACGACUUCUGCACGACAUCGGGAUCACUGGCGGGCAUGAACGGAAUAUCAAACCCGGACUACAUCAAGGCCAACACGGACAUCGUUGUGCCGUGCAGCUGGAACUAAGUCAGAAGGUGGGAGUGAAGGCUGAAGAAUGCCACGGGCCAAUCGGUACGGUCAACCGCCAUCAACCAACUGAUGCAGAGGUGCCGUAGCCAAUGCUUCCUGGGGAUCAGCGUGGGAAGGGUUGGAUGUUGUGAAGCUUUCAAGGGUUCUAUCAAGAGGAACUGACAUGUGGCCUCGUGUCCUUGGCCUUGCUCUUUUCCUUCCUGUAACUAGCUAGUUAGCUAACACAAGGCUUUAUACUUGCCCUUAA